CUGAUUGUGAGAUUGUUUCUGAUCGGUUGGUUUGGUGCUGAAACUCGUCACAGCAGGUACAAUGCAGCUGCAUGUGAGCUGGCUGUUGUUGCUGCUCAGGCUGCACUUUGUUUGGUCUCAACAAGAAGAUUAUGAGGAAGACUACGAGGAAGAAGAAGCAGAAGAGAGAAACAUCAGGAGAAAAGUCAAAAGCAAACUGCUCACAUCUAACUUCACACCGAAGAACAACGCUCAGUUGCUCAUGAACGAGAACUGCAGUAUCGAGUUGGCAUUUCUUCUGGACAGCUCUGAAAGUGCCAAAGACAACCAUGGCCAGGAGAAGCACUUUGUCACUGAGGUGGUUGAGCGCAUGCAGGACACGCACCUCCAGAACGGCCGCAGCCUGAGUUUCAGAUCUGCGCUGCUUCAGUACAGCAGCCAUGUGAUACCCGAGCAGACCUUCAGCCAGUGGAGGGGCGUGGCCAACUUCAAAGCCAACAUUGCACCCAUGUCCUACAUCGGGCAAGGCACGUACGUGACGUACGCCAUCACAAACCUCACGCACCUCUACCUAAAUGAAUCAGGAACUGGAAGUGUCAAAGUGGCUUUGCUGCUCUACGAUGGAGAAUCACAUCCAAAAAAUCCAGAUUUGUUUUCUGCCGUAGCUGAUGCCAAGAACCAAGGGGUUCGUUUCUUUGCCAUUGGAGUCACACCUGCUGCCAGAGAAAUAUCUAAAAUGGCUGAGCUCAGGAUGUUGGCUAGUUCUCCAACAACACGCUACUUACACAACCUGCAGGAUAAAGACAUUGUCAAGAAGAUCAUAAAAGAACUGAGGGCACUGGCAGAUGAGGCGUGUCCAUUGGAGAAGAGAUGUGUGUGUGAGAAAGGAGAGAGAGGACCAAGUGGGCCGGCUGGGAAAAGAGGUCGGCCAGGAGAUGAUGGAAGUCCAGGGCCAAAAGGACACAAGGGUGACAGCGGACAUCAAGGGCUCCCAGGGCUUCCUGGCUCUGAGGGCAAACCAGGAAGUAAAGGAGACAAGGGAGACAGAGGUGAAUGCGGUGUCCCUGGUGUCAAAGGAGACAGAGGUCCUGAGGGUCCGGUGGGCAUCAGUGGAAACAGAGGAGUGCAGGGUUUGCCUGGACCUAACGGUGACCCUGGACCCCAAGGACCACCCGGACACAAAGGGGAGAGGGGCUUUCCUGGACCACCUGGUCUUAUGGGUGAAACUGGAAUAGGUAUUGCUGGACCAAAGGGUGAGAUGGGACUUCAGGGCAGAGCUGGACCUCCCGGACCACAAGGACUUGGAGAACCUGGCCUACCAGGGCCUCAGGGGCCACAAGGAGUGCAGGGAGAUAAAGGACCUCCAGGAGAGGGAUUUCCUGGGCCAAAGGGAGAGAGAGGAACAGAGGGUCCGAGGGGUCCGAGAGGACAAGCUGGACCUGGAAUUAAAGGAAACAAGGGUGAUUACGGAUCUCCUGGGUUACCUGGACCGAACGGGCUUCCUGGAUUAGGUGUACAAGGAGAAAAGGGAGCUGAGGGACCACGUGGACCCCCAGGAUUCAGAGGCCCACCAGGAGAAGGUCUUCCAGGACCAAAGGGUGAUCAGGGAUUACCAGGAGAGGUUGGAGUACCAGGACUGAGUGGAGUGGGAGAACCAGGACCAAAGGGUGAACCCGGGGCUCCGGGGCUGUCAGGGUUACCUGGGUUACCUGGAGAGGACGGCGCUCCUGGACAAAAGGGGGAGCCUGGUGUUCCAGGUUCGAGAGGGCCAGAGGGAACAGCAGGUGUAGGGACACAAGGAGAAAAGGGAGAUCAGGGCCAAAGAGGAGUCCGUGGAUUAGCAGGACCUCCGGGAAUCACCGGACCAUCAGGACCAAAGGGUGAACCUGGAGCACCAGGACGUCUCGGCUUACCAGGACCUUCGGGACGUACAGUAACUGGAGCAAAGGGUGACGCAGGUCCACCAGGUCCUCCAGGGCCACUUGGGGAAACAGGAUAUGGACUUCCUGGACCAAAGGGCGAUCGUGGAGAAGCAGGACUUCCUGGUCCAUUUGGGCCAAAAGGAGAUGGCUACCCUGGUCAACCGGGUCCUCCUGGGCUUCCCGGGCUUCCUGGAGAGCCUGGUCCAGAGGGCUUGGGUCUGCCAGGACCAAAGGGUGAUAUUGGGUUUAGAGGUUUGCCAGGGCCACAAGGACCACCAGGAGAAGGACUGCAAGGACCACCAGGUAACACAGGAAGGCCGGGACCACUUGGUCCACCAGGACCUCCAGGGCUGGGGAUACAAGGGCCGAAGGGUGAGUUAGGAGCUCAGGGCUUGGUCGGACCAAGAGGACCACCUGGAGAGGGUCUUCCAGGGUCAAAGGGUGAUCGUGGUGCUCAAGGGGAUCGAGGCCAAAAAGGGGUCAAAGGUGACAAUGGGGAUCCUGGACCAUCAGGCCAACCUGGUCGACACGGAGUGAAAGGAGAGUCGGGUCUGACGAGAGAAGACGUUAUCAGAAUGAUACGAGAAAUAUGCGGAUGUGGGAUUAAAUGUAAGGAGCGUCCAAUGGAGCUGGUGUUUGUGAUUGACAGCUCAGAGAGUGUUGGCCCUGAGAACUUUGAGAUCGUUAAGGACUUUGUGACAGCUCUGGUAGAGCGAGUGGGAAACGGUGCCACACGAGUUGGCCUUGUGCUCUACAGCCUAGAGGUUCGACUGGAGUUUGAUCUCGCAAGAUACGCCACGAAGCGUGACAUCAAACAUGCCAUACGCACAAUGACAUACAUGGGCGAGGGUACAUACACAGGCACAGCUAUCCGCAAAGCCACUCGUGAAGCCUUCCGCAACGCUCGUUCCGGGGUCGCCAAGGUGAUUGUUGUCAUCACAGAUGGACAGACAGAUGAGCGUGAAUCUGUUAAGCUGGAAAUCGCAGUGCGGGAGGCACACGCUGCCAACAUUGAGAUGUUCGCUCUGGGCAUAGUGAAUGCCAGUGAUCCAGCACAAGCCGAGUUUCUCCGGGAGCUUGAUCUCAUCGCCUCAGACCCUGAUAGUGAACAUGUCUUUCAGAUAGAUGACUUUAAUACCCUACCAGCUCUGGAAUCCAAACUGGUCAGUCAGUUCUGCGAGGAUGAGAACGGCGGCAUCUUCAACCGCAUUAACGGCAAUGGAUACAAUAACUAUCACAACCGCAACAAUGGCGUCCUGUAUGAGUUUGAUAACAAUGGAAACCGUAUCAACAAUGGUGGAUAUGUUAACGGAAACAAUGUAGACCCAACACACGUCAGGACACACUCUGGAACACACACUGGUACUUAUACACACACUGAGACACACGCUGGUACUCACAGUGGGACACACACAGGAACUCACAGUGGGACACACACUGGUACUCACAGUGGGACACACGCUGGUACUCACAGUGGGACACACGCUGGUACUCACAGUGGGACACACGCUGGAACUCACAGUGGGACACACGCUGGUACUCACAGUGGGACACACGCUGGUACUCACAGUGGGACACACACUGGAACUCACAGUGGGACACACACUGGAACUCACAGUGGGACACACACUGGAACUCACAGUGGGACACACACUGGAACUCACAGUGGGACACACACUGGAACUCACAGUGGGACACACACUGGAACUCAAAGUGGGACACACACCAGAACUGAAAGUUGGGGACACACUGGUACCCACAAUGAGACCCACACUGGAACUCACAGUGGGACGCACACUGUCUCAGUCAAUCAUGGAGGUGGAAGAGGUGAUAGUCUUCCAGUACCUGUCACUCCAGGGGUUCCACACACUGUAGAUAUCCAUAGCGAUGGCAACUCAGAGCACAGAAACAGGGGAGAUGUUCCAUCACACAACAGACCAUCUACACAUGGCAGACCUUCAUCAUCGACUUCGGUGCAUUACAUUCCUGUCCCACGACCUCCUUUACCUAAAGAAAUCGUGCCCCUGGAUCCACUCUGUGAACUGGUCCUGGAUCAGGGUUCGUGUCGUGACUAUAGCAUACGCUGGUACUACGACCGCACCGCCAACGCCUGUGCUCAGUUUUGGUAUGGAGGUUGUCACGGCAACCGCAACCGCUUUGAUACUGAGGACGAGUGUAAGAAGACCUGUGUGGUGCCAAGAAUAGUCGGUCAAAUUGGCUUCAUCUAG